GGGAGAGGGAGCCUCUCAGACGGAGGUGUGACUCCACAGAGUCAGCAGCUCCUCUCCUCUCUCCUCCAGCUGGAGGUUCAAAAGUAACGGAUCCCUGUGAGGCCUGCUCCUCCAGGUGAGCUCUCUGAUUGGCUCGUCUGGCUCCGUAUUGGCUGCCGGCUGCGGUCGGACUGGACCUGUACCUGCCUGGAGGCCCACCUAGUCGAACUCCCAUCACUCCCUCCACCCGCCCUGCUGCCGCCGGCCUCAGGAUGAGCGUAGCCGGGGAGGUGGUGUGUGAAGGCUGGCUGAGGAAAUCUCCUCCGGAGAAGAAGCUGCGGCGUUAUGCGUGGAAGCGGCGAUGGUUCGUGUUGCGGAGCGGCCGACUGAGCGGAGAACCGGACGUCCUGCAGUACUACAAGAACCAGCAGUCGCGUCAGCCGAUCAGGACCAUCAACCUGAACCUGUGCGAGCAGGUCGACGCCGGCCUCACAUUCACAAAGAAAGAGCUGGAGAGCAGCUUCGUCUUUGAUCUGAGGACGGAGGAGAGGACCUGGUAUCUGGUGGCCGAGUCCGAGGAGGACAUGAACCGCUGGGUGGCGUCCAUCUGCCUGCUGUGUGGCUUCAACCCCACCGACGAGGUUCCAGUCAGACCUCCCAACUCAUCUGCCUCCAUCCUUCCAAGCAUUAACACCACCGUCGUCUCCACGGUAACGGGGUCGGUCCCGCCCCCUUACGACCCGGUGAGCGUGCGGCACCUGGAGCCGGACGGCGGCCUGGAGGAUGAUUACCUCUGGCUGUCGCACUGCCAGACUCAGCUCAGGCCUCCUCUGGGUUCCUCCGCCUCUCUUGAAGCCGACUACAACGACAACCUCUACCCUCCCCCCUCCGCCACUUCCUCCUCCUCCUCCUCUUCGUCUUCUUCUCUGCUUCCCAGCAGCCUCCCUCCCGGCCCCCCGGCCUCCUCCGGCUACAGGACGGCACCUUGGACGGUGGCGGGGAUGUCGAGCCCCCUCAGCCAGUCUCUAGACGCCGGCGCCACCCCGGACGCCCAGAAACGAGGGGCCAGACCUCGCUGCCACCCGUCCCCUCACCCCAGGAAGCACUCCUUGGACUUCCACCUGCGUCCCGUUGCCAUAUCUCUCACCGGCGACAAGCACCCGACCACGUGCACGCCGACCGGGUACCAGGUCCCCCGCCCGGCGUCCACGCCCCAGCCGCCCCCGCCCCGCCGCGUGUCGUCCACCCCCAGCGUUGACCCGUCCACUCAGUCGGAGCUCCACGCCGCCACCGCCACUCCUCCCCCACGGCCGCCGAAGCCUUCGGCCGUCGCCUCCCAGGGAGAGAGCUCAGCUGCGCGCCCCAGUCCCGCCACGCUUCCCCGAAGCAUCUCCGAGCCGGACAGGAAGGAUGACGACGAUGGAGGAUACCUCCCCAGAAGUCACACCAUCGUAACGGCAGGGCGCUUGCAAACGAGCUCCGAGUCGCUCCACAUCCCUCGAUCGCUCGCUGACAGAGCCAGCAUGUUUGAGUUCAGCGAAAGUUUCAACAGCUACUUUUUUAAUAAAGGUAUGGUACCCCUGGGCAGCGUCUGCUCUGAAGACGACGACGUGGAUGAAAACUACGUUCCCAUGAGCGCUGCCACCACCGAGCCGCCUGUCGCGUCACGAGGGCCUCCGCCUCCUCCCUCGGACCCCCCGGUUCAGCUCCAGGAUGGGAAUUACGUCCCCAUGACCCCGCUCACCCCCUCCCUGCCCACCCACGCCGCCCACACGGCGGGUGACACGGCGUCCCUGGGGAGGCAGGUGCCCCCUCCCGCCCACAUGGGCUUCCGCACCUCCCCGCUGACCUCCGUGACCCCCGGGACCCCGCCGCCCCGCAGGAACACCGGGAACGCCGUGCGGGGGGGCGACGUGGAGGCCACGCCCCCUCCGAUUCACCGCAACCUGAAGCCGCAACGCAAAGGAGUGUGUGUGAAUCAGCCUGCAGAGAGAAGCGACAGUCAGACAGCUGGAGAGGCGUCACACAAAACCAAAGUGAAACCGGCUCCCCUGGACAUCAGCACCGUGCCUCAGGACUGGCAGGAAGUCCCGCCCCCUGUGCGCUCCCCUGUGACCCGGACCUUCACCAGAGACCCGUCCAGCCGCCGCACGGCGAGGCCGACCUCGGGCCAGAGCUCCUCCCCUUCCUCCGACUCCGACGACCCCGACGAGAACUACGUCGCCAUGACGACCUCCAGCCUCAGCUUCAGCUCCGAGGAGCCGUCUCUGAGGCUGAUGCUGCACCGUGCCUCCGAGGGCGGAGUCAGCAGCCCGAUGCUCAGACGAGCCAGAAGCGACAAGCAGGUGGAGUACCUGGACCUGGACCUCCACACCGGGCGCUCCACCCUGAGCAGACAGAAACGCGGCACAGCCGAAGGCGGAGCGGGCGACAGCGAGCAGACCGGGUCGGGCGAGGAACGUGCACGAGGCGAGCGCACGCGUGUGGACUACGUGGUGGUCGACCCCAAAAGGACCAAGGCCCUGAGGAACACCAGAGAAGCAUGGCAUGAUGGGAGGAUGUCCACGGAGAAGGAGAAAUGCUAGGAACUCACACAGAUGAAAAAAGACUAAAACAAGUUCUGUAGACUCCUCCAGCUCAAUUUCCUCAUGUUGAAAAGAUGCUUUGGAGCAAAGAGCGAGAGGAAAAAUGUCUGAAAUGUGAAGUGGAGUGAUUGUAGGUCGGUUCUCCUUGAAGUUCUUCUGAAGAUCCUGUGGUUUCUGACAAAUCCCUGUAAAAAGCAGAGCUGUGAGUGAACCUUGCCUAUAAAGUGAACUCGGGAUCCUCAGCUGCCCGUGUUUCAAUCUCUAACUGAAGACCACCUCCAGCUGCUGUUGUGAUCGCUCUUGAGUACAAAUGAAAGCAUCACACUGUAUUCAAUUUACAGAAACACACUAGCUUCACACACACAGCUGGACUCGCACUAUGGAUCAAUGAAAUGGACUAAAACACUUCGAAGCACGAUGAAAAUGACAAAAAAACACUUUUUUUGCCAGCAUGUCACAUGUGUGAACAGCCACAUUGGAAUCUUAGCUGACGGUACUUUAAAUUGUUUUAGUUCCAGCUCGGAAUGAAAGCGGCAGGGCUUUUGGAAGAUAUGCUCCCGAAAUACACAAACCAUUUGGAAUUCCAACCCUUUCUAGGGCUUUUAGACCUUUUGGACCUUUACAGUAGAAAUUCAUCUUGAGGACAGUUACUCUCUACACAUUGUGUUUCCUGCUGAAUUUGUGAUAAAGAUAUUGAACUGUGGAUUGAAUCACUUCUUCUGAUGAUUAACUCCUAAAUUUUCCAAUGAAGUCAUCCUACAAUGAGUCAUUUUUUAAUCAAAUCUGUGAUUGAUGUAAUCUGUUACUGCUGAAUAAUGUGAUUAGAUUCUAAAUGAAUAAACACUGCAUCACUG